UGCACCGUGCACUUGCGGUGAGUCUGCCCGGUGUACUGCGGACCGGAGCGGACCGGAGCGGGGCUCGGCGCCACGUCUCACCCUGUGACGCUGCUAGUGACUGAGGGGUAGCGCUGGCAGGGGAGGAGGGACGCGGCUACCGCUCCGUCGCCCGUGUUUACACUGUCCUUUUAUUUUAUUUUUAUUAUAUACUAAUCUAAACGUAAUAAUAAUCGCGCUGCAUCAUGCCGAUUUGCAGUUUAAAGGCCUCCGAGCUUAAUUUUUACAUAUGUACUGUGUGAGAGCGUUCGCGUGAAAUGACACUUUUUUCCCCCCCACUGAUGUAUACCGACAUCCGCAGAUAAUUUUCGACGGCUGGCGUUUGAAGGGAAUAUGGCAUUUUGAACGUGAGUCUAGCGCUUGUAAGUGCGAUCGCUGUAGUAGCGACGGUCGAUAGUCUUAUCGGGACGUGGGGCUUCGUAUCAGAUAUUGAAUUCAAGUUGUGGGAUCUUCUUAUAUAUGAAUUGGAUUUGUUUCCAAAAAACGUGAUAUAUAUUCUUUGGGAUCGCUUGUGUUUUCUCUCCACCGGUAAACACUACAGCAAUAUUUAAGAAUAAAGCACAGAUGUAGCUAGAAGAUUGCGUUACUGUAAUUUAUUGUAUUAAAAAGAUACAGUUAUUCUGUAUUUUGACAAAAAAAAUUUUGAUUUCAGGGUAUCGUUGCUGAAUUUGUGCUUAGCUGACAAACGUAUCGCGCAUGAUUAGCACAUUUACUGUUCGUUUGCUUCUGUAAUAUUUCGUUAUAGUCCGGUAGUCCCGUUUGAUUUGUCUUAAUUUGCAGUCGCAUUUAUUUCGCGUACAAUGUGGCAAAUAUUCCUUUAGCUGUUAAAUACACAGUUGUCGCUGUCAAAUAUUUACAUACACAAACUGACAGGAGAUUAUCCUGAGUCGAUUGCAAAUAACUUCCCGUUUUUGAAACUAAUCGUUUAAGUACUCAGCACUGAAGACCGACUGAGACAUCUUGUAAGAGAAUGGCACCGUUCCUCUUUCCUUUCGCUCUCUCCAUCCUCCCCUUUCUCACUGUGGCUGCGCAUAACACAUCCGCUGGAGGUUGUGCUAUUAUCCGUCCCCCCAGAGAUGGAGGGAUAAGGUACAGGGGGCUAACGCAGGAACAGAUCCGCAGCAUCCAGAUCCUGCCCGUCGACUAUGAGAUCGAGUACAUCUGCCGGGGGAACCGCGUCAUCGUGGGGCCCAAGGUCAGGAAGUGUCUCCCCAACGGCAGCUGGACGGAGCUCACGCAGCGCAGCAGAUGCUUGCUGAUGUGCCCGCGUGUGUGGACCUCCUUGGAGAAUGGCCAGGUGAUGAUGUGGCCCGCAGGGCUCCCGGUGGAGGGGACGGUGCUACAGUACAGCUGCCUGGCUGGUUUCAGGCUGGUGGGCCGGAACUCCACCCUCUGUUCCAAACUUGGCAAAUGGGACUCGCCCAAACCCGUCUGCCAUUAUGACCGACAUUACUCAGGCAAGAAGAAGCUGUACAUUGGCGCCCUAUUCCCGAUGAGUGGGGGCUGGCCCGGGGGGCAGGCAUGUCUGCCCUCUGCUCAAAUGGCCUUAGAUCUGGUCAACAAGAGAACUGACAUCCUGCCCGAUUACGAACUGGAACUGAUAUACUAUGACAGUAUGUGUGACCCCGGCGAGGCCACCAAGUUGCUGUACGACCUGCUGUACACGGAACCCAUCAAGAUCGUGCUGAUGCCUGGCUGUAGCUCUGUCUCCACGCUGGUGGCUGAGGCUGCUCGCAUGUGGAACCUCAUCGUGCUGUCCUACGGCUCCAGCUCCCCCGCCCUCUCCAACCGCCAGCGCUUCCCCACCUUCUUCCGCACGCACCCCUCUGCCACGCUCCACAACCCCACCCGCGUGCAGCUCUUCCAGAAGUGGAAGUGGACCAAGAUCGCCACCAUCCAGCAGACCACAGAGGUCUUCACAUCGACCCUGGAUGAUCUGGAGCAGCGAGUGAAAGAGGCCGGCAUCGAGAUCAGCGUCCGUCAGAGCUUCCUCACUGACCCGGCGGUGGCAGUUAAGAACCUCAAGCGCCAGGACGCCAGGAUAAUCGUGGGACUCUUCUACGAAACCGAGGCGCGCAAAGUCUUUUGUGAGGUGUUCAAGGAGAAGCUUUAUGGGAAGAAAUACGUGUGGUUCCUCAUCGGAUGGUACGCGGACAACUGGUUCAAGAUCAAGGACCCGUCCAUCAACUGCACGGUGGAGAACAUGACAGAGGCCGUGGAAGGGCAUGUCACCACGGAGAUCGUCAUGCUGAACCCGGAGACGGUCCGAGGGGCCUCCAACCUGACAUCUCAAGAGUUCCUGGAGCAGCUGAUGUCCAAGCUAGGGGGCAAGAACCCGGAGGAGACGGGGGGCUUCCAGGAGGCCCCGCUGGCCUAUGACGCUGUGUGGGCGUUGGCUCUGGCCCUUAACAAGACUGUGGGGCCCCUGAAGGCUAAGGGCUGGAGGUUGGAGGACUUCAACUACAACAAUCGUGAGAUCACAGCUGAGAUCUACCGGGCCCUCAACACCAGCUCCUUCGAGGGCGUGUCGGGCCAUGUGGUCUUUGAUGCCCAGGGUUCGAGAAUGGCUUGGACUCUUAUCGAGCAGCUGCAAGGUGGGAGCUACAAGAAGAUUGGGUAUUACGACAGCACCAAAGGAAAUCUCUCCUGGUACGGCAAUGACAGGUGGAUAGGCCUGGGCCCCCCUGCAGACCAGACCGUGGUCAUCGAGGAGUUCCGCUUCCUGUCCCAGAAGCUUUUCGUGUCUGUGUCAGUUUUCGCUGGCCUCGGCAUCCUGCUGGGCAUCGUGUGUCUCACGUUCAACAUCUACAACAGCAAUGUCAGGUACAUCCAGAACUCCCAGCCCUACCUGAACAACAUGACGGCCGUGGGCUGCAUGCUGGCCCUGGCAGCCAUCUUCCCCCUGGGCAUUGAUGGGCUUCACGUGCACCGGGCUCAGUUCCCCGUCGUCUGCCAGUUUCGCUUGUGGCUGCUAGGCCUGGGUUUCAGCUUGGCCUACGGCAGCAUGUUCACUAAGAUCUGGUGGGUUCACACGGUCUUCACCAAGAAGGAUGAGAAGAAGGACAAGAGGAAGCAGCACCUGGAACCUUGGAAGCUGUAUGCCACAGUGGGGGUGCUCCUACUCAUCGACAUCGUGUCCCUCAUGAUAUGGCAGAUCGUGGAUCCCUUGCACAUCACUGUAGAGAAGUUCACCAAAGAAGCUCCCAAGGAGGACCUGGAUGUGCUCAUUCAGCCCCUUCUGGAGCACUGCAGCUCGGAAAAGAUGAACACGUGGCUGGGGGUGGUGUACGGCUACAAGGGUCUUCUGCUGUUGCUGGGGAUAUUUCUGGCCUAUGAGACAAAGUCCGUUUCCACAGAGAAAAUCAAUGACCAUCGGGCCGUGGGAAUGGCCAUCUAUAACGUGGCGGUGCUGUGCAUGAUCACAGCCCCCGUCACCAUGAUCCUGUCCUCCCAGCAGGAUGCUUCCUUCGCCUUUGCAUCUCUGGCCAUCGUCUUCUCUGUCUACAUCACACUGGUCGUGCUCUUCAUCCCUAAGAUGCGGCGGUUGAUCACUCGUGGGGAGUGGCAGUCAGAGCAGCAGGAGACCAUGAAGACGGGCUCCUCCACCAACAACAAUGACGAGGAGAAGUCACGGCAACUGGAGAGGGAGAACAAGGAGCUGCAGAAGAUCAUUCAGGAGAAAGAAGAGAGGGUGUCGGAGCUGAGGAACCAGUUGACCGAACGGCAGGCUCUCCGCUCUAGAAGACGUUCCUCCACCCAGAACCAGAACCACAGCUCUUCCCUGCCUCCUUCCGCGCAGAACGACCCCAAAUCCAUGUUGCCCCCGCCCGGCUACCCCCUACCCUCUACUGGUAACCACCCCAUCUCUGCCUCCUUCUCCAACUCCUCCAACCUCUACCAGCCCGAUGGCAAGAUAGGCCGUAACAACUGUCACACUAGCCGCCUGCAGCUGCUCUACAAAUAAUGGAGGGAAGAGGAAAGAGGGAAGGAGGGAGGGAAAAGAAGGAGCGUCUUUGUUACAAGCCGAAGCAUGAGCCAUAGCUUAUAAUGAGCAGCUGGAUGGUUUGUUUCAGAAGGUGAGAUUUUAAUGGGAAUUAACGAUUAACCCCAACACUCUCUCUCCCUCUCUCCCUCUCUCUCUCUCUCCCUCUCCUUUUUCUUCUCACUCACUUUCUGUCCACUUGAGUGAAAGCACAAGGGUUGGCCUCCUGUCUACAGUAAUCCAUGCCAUCGUUUUUAAACAUAUUCGCUGCUGGUGCAUGAGAUAUAUGUUUCCUGGAAACAGUAGGUGUCUGUCUGUCUGUGUGUGUGUGUGUGCGUGUGUGCGAGUGUGUGUGUGAGUGUGUGUGUGUGAGUGUGUGAGUGUGUGUGUGUGUGCGUGCGAGACACGGUUAAUGGGAAUCGUCGCCGUACAGGGCUGGUCGCUGAGAAUCUCCCAAGAAUCCUUCCCUGAGGCGACAGAGGUGAGGUGAAAUGCUGCUGUUGGCCCAGCCACUUCCAGUCCUGUAGCCCUGCAUCUUUUAAAGUCACUUUACAGUUAGAUACUCCUCACUCAGCAGGGGGAUUAUUCACUGUCAUACUGCUGAAGGUUCGGACUAAUGCCCCCUCGCCACCCCCAAGGAGCAGAUUUGCCCAUUCAGUCAAAAGAGGGGCCUCUUUUGGGCUGCUUUAACAAGGGGGGGGCUUUUUGGAUAAUCGCCUUAAUGAAAGGUCUGGCUGUCCGAGGCCGGAGCUCACAGGCUGAAGUUGUUCUCUCGCGAUUAUCGGUGAAGGCUCAUUUGGAACCGAAAGUAACAUUAGGUUCGAAAACAUCGUUUUCGGAAUGUUUGGAGACACACUGCUCUUAGGUGUGAAUUGGCGGAGUUGAGGUGGCCACAGGAGUCUGCAGUGUCCCUGUUGUUUGUGGGAGUCUGUCUGCUGGGUGGAUGUGGGGCUGCGUUUGGGGGGAAUGUAAGUAUGACUUCCUGUCCUUGUAGCUAAUGGCCUCUCACCCUUCCUCUCUGACAAGAACAAGCAUGGUGACCUUGCUGUCCUGGCCUGGAAAAUCAAAUCUGAUCCCUGAAUUUGCACAUUGACCUGUAAGCAGAGGGUGUUCAGGUUGAAUCCCCCCCUCCCCCCCCAGCCAUCCCACAAGACCAAUUCAGUAUGACCAAAAGCAUGGGACUUCAUGUAAUAACGUUACUUUGUAAUCAGCGAGGUUUGUGUCCAUGUAUUAGACCAGCGUUUGCCAAUCCGUUUCUUGGGGACCCACAGACAGGACAUGUUUUUGCUCCCUCCCAGCUCUCGUUAGGGAGCAAAAAUUACUGGCUGCUGGUCCCUAGAACCGGAUUGCGAAACUCUGUAGUAGACUAUAGCAGGCCGAGGGACUAGUGUUUAGCUGUUUAUCAGCUUAGACUUGCUGUUAUGUAACAUUAAUGAGUUUUCUGGUACCAGUCCAGUGUCCAAAAGCUUGAAUCCAUAUCUUUUCAUGUAUCGUGCGGCCGGUUCCGUUGGUUCUGUACUGUGUCACUACCAAAGUGGGCCAGUUUUUGGCAUCUCAUAGCACAUGAUGUACGUAAACAGCCUGUUCCGUCCCCAUGAUAAAGGGUCUCGCGUGAUGAAAGCAAUUAAUAUGUAAGAGGAAAUAAAAUUACUUUCCUCAUUAAACUGGACUAAUUAAUAUCUGAUGCUGCUGCAUUAUUUUGUUUUCUGUUUCAGUUGGGAUCAGUCCACACAAGUUGUGUGACUGUAGCUUAUUAUCGAGACUGAUUUUCUGUAGCUAUAAAUAGUUAAAGGAAGCAUUAUGUAGCGAGUUUCACAGUGUCAGAGGCCGGCUGAAUGCUGUGUAUGUGCUAACAGAGUUAGCCUACCUCCUCGACGGGCUGUUUAACGUUAUUUAACAGCUAAGCACAAAGCAAGAGCCCUGGGGUCUGUUUAAAGUUGUUUUCUGUUAUAUUUCUCCUAGAGCAGUGUUUCUCAAUCCGGUCCUCAGGGACCCCCAGCCGGCCCAUGUUUUUGCUCCCUGCCAGACAGUCAGCUGGGAGGGAGCAAAAAUGUGGACUGUCUGUGGGGCCCUGAGGACUGGACUGGGAAACCCCGACUUAGUGUUUUCUCUCAGCAACAGUUCCUACCCGGAAAGUCUUUAAUAAUAAUCCCACCCCUGGGAUUAUUAUAAUCCUUAUAAUACGUCUAAUUUUUAGUCUCUUUGUUAUUUUUUUUUAAAUCAGCCAAACCCUCUGCGUUCCUGUGCUUUAGAACAAUAAUGUUAACGAUGAUGCGUGUCACGAAGCCGAUACGGUACAAGGGUAUCAGAACCAUUUAAUGUCAUAAGCGUGUUCUUGUGCACAUUUAAAAUCGGUGGUAUUGGAAUUAUAUUUAUAUUUAAAAUUGCUAUUGUUAUGAUGUUACCUGUUAUGCGAUAAAAGGAAUGGUUAUUACAGUUAAAUAAAGUGAUUGUUUUUCAUCA